AAAAAUAAAAAAUAAAGAAAGAAAGAGAGAGAGAGAGAGUGUGUGUAUGUGUCUGUGCGUAAGAGAAAUCUCAUCGAUUUUCAAUCUACAGAGGCACAGAGAUUGAUUUUUUUCCAGAGAGCGACCGAGCGAGACUGAAAAUCUCAUCGAUGUGAAUUCGAUACGCAAAGCUUUAUAGAGAGAGAAAGAGAAAGAGAGAGAGAGAGAGUGGAAAGUUUGUUCGUCGUGGUUGGAGAGGACAAAAAGGAACGAUGAAGGACGAGACUGCAUUUCGUGAAUCGUCGAGAUUCGUGUAAAGGAGAAUCGGAGUCUCUCAGAUCGACCGGUUUGUGCAUUUGAGUUGUGUAUUUCCUUGCUGAGAGGAGAGAAAGAGAGAGAGAGAGAGAGAUGAUCGGCGGAGGAGAGGAAGCGACGGCUCCGGCGGCGGAGGGGUCACAGCCGCUGGACUGGAAAUUCGCUCAGGUUUUCGGCGAACGAACCGCCGGUGAAGAAGUUCAGGAAGUUGAUAUCAUUUCUGCUAUUGAAUUUGAUAGAACUGGGGACCACUUAGCCACAGGAGAUCGUGGGGGUCGGGUGGUUUUAUUUGAAAGAACUGAUACGAGGGAUCAUGGUGGACAACGGAGAGAACUAGAGAGGAUGGAUUAUUCAAAUGGGAGACAUCCUGAGUUCCGCUAUAAAACUGAGUUCCAGAGCCAUGAACCUGAGUUUGACUAUCUUAAGAGCUUGGAAAUUGAGGAGAAAAUCAACAAGAUUAGAUGGUGCCAGGCAGCUAAUGGUGCCCUGUUUCUUCUAUCCACCAAUGAUAAAACAAUAAAAUUUUGGAAGGUCCAAGAGAAGAAGGUCAAGAAAGUUUGUGACUUGAAUAUGGAUCUUUCAAGAGCCAUUGGAAACGGUCCAGUUGUUUCUUCAAGUAUAUCAGCAAGCUCCAAAUCAUGUAUGGCGAAUGGAGGAUGUGAUGAGAGAUCCUCUGGUUAUUCAAGCAUUGAUACUUCACUCCCGUCUGGGGGUCUAUCAUCCUUACGGCUACCCAUGGUAGUGACUAGUCAUGAGACAAGCCUUGUGGCUAGAUGUCGAAGAAUCUAUGCUCAUGCACAUGACUAUCAUAUUAAUUCUAUUUCAAACAACAGUGAUGGUGAAACUUUUAUCUCUGCGGAUGAUCUGCGAAUAAAUCUUUGGAACUUAGAAAUUAGCAACCAAAGUUUCAAUAUCGUUGACGUCAAGCCUGCAAACAUGGAGGAUCUUACUGAGGUGAUAACAUCAGCGGAGUUUCAUCCUACUCACUGUAAUACGUUAGCAUACAGUAGCUCAAGGGGCUCAAUCCGUCUCAUUGAUAUGCGGCAGUCAGCGUUAUGUGAUACUCAUAGCAAAUUGUUUGAGGAACCGGAAGUGCCUGGUACAAGGUCUUUUUUCACUGAGAUAAUUGCCUCAAUUUCAGAUAUUAAGUUUGCUAAAGAUGGGAGACAUGUACUUAGUCGUGACUACAUGACCCUUAAGCUGUGGGACAUAAAUAUGGAUCGUGGCCCAGUUGCAACUUUUCAGGUUCAUGAAUAUUUAAGACCUAAGCUGUGUGAUUUAUAUGAAAAUGAUUCUAUCUUCGACAAGUUUGAGUGCUGUCUAAGUGGAGAUGGACAACGCGUGGCAACAGGUUCCUACAGCAAUCUGUUCCGUGUGUUUGGUUGUUCUGAAGGCAGCAUGGAAGCAACAACAUUGGAAGCCAGCAAAAACCCUAUGAGGAGACAAGUCCAAACACCAACAAGGCCUUCAAAAUCUCUAAGCACUCUUCCUCGUGUGCUUAGACGAGGAGCUGAUACAUCUGGAGUUGAUGCUAAUGGAAAUGCUUUUGAUUUCACCACAAAGUUGCUACACCUAGCAUGGCAUCCAACUGAGAACUCAAUUGCCUGUGCUGCUUCAAAUAGCCUUUACAUGUAUUAUGCGUAAAGAGGGUCUUGGAAGACUUUUUUGCCAGACAAAGCUCCUCUGGUUGCUUUGGCAAACACUGCUUUGCCUUCCUCCCCUAUCACUGAUUUUGAAGCUGCACCAUUUUUUCAGAAUAUCUGACACUUAAAAAAAACUCUUGCCUUUCUCCCAACCACAGGAUUCCAGACUGCAAUUUGGAAAAUUUUACCUAACUACCUUUUGCUCCAGGCUGGCUAGGCAUUGCUAGUUGUGCUGUUUCUUAAUAGGUCGAAGAAAAUGUGACAUUUGCUUCACUGCAACUGAAAGGAUGCUAAUGGUGCUGAUAAGUUUCAAACCAAUGGGGGUCUCAACAUGAAGCUGGGGGAAAGGAACUAUUAUGGUGCUUCAAUUCUCAUCGAUGCAUUGGGGCUUCAACCUUGUAUUAUUUGAUCUUAAAAUUAUAGGAUUGUGAAAUAUUGUCAUGUUUAUUGCUGUCUCACAUUCUAACCAUUCUUUCUUCUCCUUGGGAUUUUGCUAAUUUGUUGUGAUCCAUGUAAUCGUAUAUCUGGCUUUGGGGGUAGAACACCUCAUGCUAGCCACUCUUUUCUUCUUCAACCCAAAUAUGUUUUUCAAUAGGUCUCUACUUUUCUGAGGUUGAGUGCUUUGGUGAUGGCUACUUACCUUAUUCAUAAAUUCAAAAAUAUAAUAUGUUGGUCUA